AUGUGUCAUCAGUGUCAAGUGCAUGGAGAUUUUAUACGGGUCCCACUGAAUGAGCUCAAUGUGAUGGGUUCCCCUUGGUCAUUUGCCGCUUGGGGCAUGGAUGUUAUCGGACCCAUAGAGCCUCCCGCAUUAAAUGGACAUCGUUUCAUUCUGGUAGCUGUCGAUUAUUUCACAAAAUGGGUCGAAGCUUCGACAUACAAGGAAGUGACUAAGAAGGUAGUGGCAGACUUUGUUCACAACAACAUAGUUUGUCGGUUUGAAAUUCCAGAAUCAAUCAUAACCGAUAAUACAGCCAACCUCAACAACAAUCUUAUGAAGGAAACUUGUGAAAGGUUCAAGAUUACUCACCGAAAUUCUACAGUUUACCGGCCACAGAUGAAUGGAGCAGUUGAGGCUGCAAAUAAGAAUAUCAAGAAGAUUUUAAGAAAAAUAGUGGACAGUCACAGGAAAUGGCAUGAGAAGUUACCAUAUGCUUUACUCGGUUAUCGCACCACAAUUAGAACAUCAACUGGGGUAACUCCUUAUAUGUUGGUUUAUGCUUUGGAAGCAGUAAUACCUGUCGAGGUAGAAAUACCAUCUUUAAGGAUUAUCCAAGAGGUUGGUCUAGAUGAUGCAAAAUGGAUACUAGCAGGCAUGAACAAUUGA